UACAGCCAGCAUCUUGCAGCACAAUGGUUGCAAGGUGGUGAGCUGGGAGAGUGAUUCAGCAUCAGCAGACCUCGGUUCCGUCCACCUCAGCUUUAUUUUCUUUCCUCAUCGCUUUUUCGUCGCCUUUUUAUUUUUAUUGAUGUAUUUUUGUAAAUUUUGUGUUACUUUAUUUAUUUAAUUAAUUAUUAUUAUUAUUUUUUAUUAUUAUUAUUACUAUUAUUAUAUUGCUAUUAUUAUUGUUAUUGUUAAACCCCGUCGUCAUCUGCAUGUACGUCUUCGGUACGCCUUCAGCGAUGGUCUCCGCGACGUUUGUGGUCGGGAUGUUUUGAAAAGGACUGGCACCGGACUGGGAUCGUCAUCAGCUGGCACGGAAUGGUAUUUAUGAGCAGACAUUUCUUAUAUAACUGCAGCCAACCAGUCCUGGAUGUAAAGAUAGCCUUUUGUCAGGUGUGUGUUCCUUACAGGUAAAAAAGGGAUUUGGAAAACAAGUGGAUGUGUCAUAUAUUGCCAAACAUUACAACAUGAGCAAAAGCAAAGUGGACAACCAGUUCUACAGCGUGGAAGUGGGAGACUCCACCUUCACAGUUUUAAAACGUUACCAGAAUUUGAAACCCAUUGGCUCUGGAGCUCAGGGAAUAGUCUGUGCGGGCUAUGAUGCUGUCCUGGACAGAAACGUGGCCAUUAAGAAGCUGAGCAGACCUUUCCAGAACCAGACCCAUGCCAAGAGAGCAUACCGGGAGUUGGUGCUCAUGAAAUGCGUCAAUCACAAAAAUAUAAUCAGUUUAUUAAAUGUCUUCACGCCACAGAAAUCAUUAGAGGAAUUUCAGGAUGUGUACCUAGUGAUGGAGCUUAUGGAUGCCAACUUGUGCCAGGUGAUUCAGAUGGAGCUGGACCAUGAGAGAAUGUCCUACCUGCUCUACCAGAUGCUGUGCGGCAUCAAACACCUGCACUCAGCCGGCAUCAUUCACAGGGAUCUGAAACCAAGCAAUAUAGUGGUGAAAUCAGACUGCACCCUGAAGAUCCUGGACUUUGGUCUGGCCAGAACAGCAGGGACCAGUUUCAUGAUGACCCCGUACGUGGUGACGCGAUACUACAGAGCUCCUGAAGUCAUCCUGGGAAUGGGAUACAAAGAAAACGUGGAUAUUUGGUCGGUGGGAUGCAUUAUGGGAGAAAUGGUGCGCCACAAAAUCCUUUUCCCUGGCCGGGACUACAUCGACCAGUGGAACAAGGUGAUCGAGCAGCUGGGCACACCUUCACCUGAAUUCAUGAAGAAGCUCCAGCCCACAGUGAGGAACUACGUGGAGAACCGGCCAAAGUACGCAGGCCUCACCUUUCCCAAGCUCUUCCCAGACUGUCUCUUCCCCGCUGACUCUGAGCACAACAAACUCAAAGCGAGCCAGGCCAGAGACCUGCUGUCGAAGAUGCUCAUAAUCGACCCUGCUAAAAGGAUAUCGGUGGACGAGGCCUUACAGCACCCCUACAUCAACGUGUGGUACGAUCCGGCUGAGGUGGAGGCGGCCAGAGAUCUCAUCCAAACAUCCAUGCCUCCACCUCAGAUCUACGACAAGCAGCUGGAUGAACGAGAACACUCUAUUGAUGAAUGGAAAGAACUGAUCUACAAAGAGGUGAUGAACUUUGAGGAGAGAACGAAGAAUGGCGUUGUGAAGGGACAACCUUCACCUUCAGGUGCAGCCGUGAACAGCAGCGAGAGCCUCCCUCCCUCCUCCUCCAUCAACGACAUCUCCUCCAUGUCCACCGAUCAGACCCUGGCCUCAGACACUGACAGCAGCCUAGAGACCUCCGCGGGACCCUUGGGGUGUUGCAGGUGACUAGCCGCCUGCCUGCGCAACCCCAUGUUCUUCCGACGGUGAACAACCCAGAGAGAUGACCGACAAUAAAAAUAAAUUAAUAUUGAAAAAGAAACAAAAAAUACAAAAUAAAAAUGCAGAAAAAAUAGAAAAGUUCAAGAUGAAUAUAUUCUGAGCGAAAACAUAAGCUUUGGAAACACAGAAUCAGAAAAAUCUAAAGCCUGUGCAUUGUCAUUGAAAACAGCAGUGGUAUUUAAACUGAAGUACAUGAGCUGAGAUAUAUGGUUAUGAUCCUCUAGUUGCUUUGCUUAUAUUACCCCACAUAUCUUGUAUAUGGCAUCCAAAACAAAAUGACCAAGUGCUUAGACGUGCAUCUCCUGUAAAGUACAUAUUGGCUGAAUGCUGGGCUCACGAUUCCUUCAGAAAAGCAUUUAUGCUACGACCGUUGUGGCAAGACGGACUGUCAUUAUACUCACCACUACUGCAAACUCUACCCUCCUCUGUAUUCAGUUCUUAACUGAUGACAUCGCUGUAUUCGAGCCUCUCGGCUCGGCCCGAGACGCCCCUCGCCUCCACCUGAACACAAUCCCAAAAUGUAAGGUUGCCUGAUUUGUGUGUUUUUAUUGUAGUUUGUGUGCAGGGAACGUGCAGUCGCUCUCAUCCAUAGCGGCGCUCCCCCUGAGUUACUUGUAAAUACUGUAAUUCUGUACAGCUGAAGAGAAAACAGUGUGGGACUGACGGCCAGUACACUGGGAUUUUCUUUUUUCAUUUCUUUUUUCUUCUUUUCUUCUGACUAGCACACACCUUGCCGCAUUUCCACCUCAGCUGCCCCCCCCCGCCUAUCGCUAUAGUCCUGCAUGAUUAGAUUUAAGCAGCGCUGAUCUCACUGUAUGCUAAAAAAGAGUCUGCAUCCAGACUUUUGUCUAUGUACAUUAUAAAUGAACUGAACUCCAGACGAUGAUGGGAGGUGUCUGCAGGUGUGUCUACGUGUGUUUGUCAGCCACAGGCACGCCGAAAAAAGAUUAAAUUGUCAGGUGAUAACUCGGAAAUAAAUUAGUUUGACUGUGCUCACGUCUCGUAGGAAAAGCCUGAUUUGUGAGUAAUCUGUUUAUUUUCCUCGGCAGGCCCACAGUCCUGCAUAGUGUAUCAUUAACGCCUUCAAGGCAAAGGGAAUGGAUCUUUUUAGAUGUGGCGUGACCACAAAGAGACUUCUCCUAUUUGAAUCUUUUAAAAACUUUUUUAUAUGAGACAUUAUGUGAAACGGUGGGGAGGUUAAAGGCAGGUGAGGAGUGUUAACUUCGUAGCAGUUACUCGCUACAUUAUUAAAAUUAUAUUAUAGAAACACGCCCUGGGAGAGCACAUCUGUCAGUUUUGUUAAACACCUGAUUUCUCAAAGGCAAUCUGAAUAUGGUACAUAAUUUUUUUGGAAUGAAGCAUUCAGGAUGCAGAAAUGUUGAUGUUUUAUUUCCCUUUUUUCUAAUUCUUAUCUCUCGCAACAGCAACUGUGCAAACUGAUCUGAAGUUACCGCAAGUGUGCACAGUAUUUCUGCCAGACUGGAAUCAGUGGAGAAAAUGUGCUCAAGUUGUUAAAAAAAUAUAUUAAAAAAACUUUAUAUUGAUCCAUUCUCCUAAUUAUAAACACAAAAAAAGGCCAUCCCAACGUAUUGGCAAAGCAGAAACACAGUUAAACCUGACUGUAUUUCUAUGUAGUUUUUUUUCUUCUUUGAUCACAUCACUCCCAUUAUCUGCAUCAUCUCCUUGUCUUAAUUUCAGUCUCAUUAACUGAGACUCUGAAAAUGAUUGGCGCCUCACCGAGGAGAUCCAGAAGUCCAGCUCCCAUUCUGAAAGCUUUCUGCUUUAAAUAACCUGUAAUUCUGCAAGAAAUCAAACGGGCAGCCUAAAGCUACUAAAAAAGGAAAACCCAGGGGGGAGGAAGGUUUAGUUGGUUUCCAUACAAAGUUGAUGAAUACCUUUUUCAAAAAUGUCUGUUACAAAAUCAACAGUGAGCUUCUUUAUGAACAUUUCUUUUCGUUUUUUUCCCCGACUCCGAUAGCCGAAACGGCUGUAACGUCUCUGGGAAAAGGACACGUUUAUUGAAGUUUGAGUGAAGCAGAUAAUUGUAUGAAUUAGGAGCGUGCUUUACCUGGCCAGCCAGACACAAAUUAUUUAAACAACCUCUAAGUACGUCCAUGCUAUAAUAACUGUUUGUGCGAACAGAGCGAUUUUAAAACUAGUUCAACUGAUUUGCAUGAACAAAGCAAACAGAGGAGGGUUUAACUGAACUACACUGCUUUGAGGAAAAUUCACGAUGCAGAUAUUUUAUAGUUUGGUUACACUGAAGCUCCAGACUAAGAUAAAAAACAUGAAGUGUAGCAACUUACUCGUGCUAACAAUGCCGCCAAGCUUAUGCCGAAGGGAGCUUGCUUGCUAGCACGGGAGGAAGUGAGACAAUCUGGUGGUAAUAAUCCGUGUCGAUUCAUUUUAGCUGAAGGACUGUAAAAGUAGCAGGGGAAAAAUAACGCAAUUCCGAUUAACUCCCUAUCACCAUGGCUCUGUGUUUGGCUACAAAACAGAUCCAAGGCAUUGCUAAGUAGUUUCUCAUACAGUCUAGUAAAAAAACUACAUGUUCAUCACCUUAUCAAUGUGAUUCUCCUAAAUGUAGCAUCCACAACAUCCACGGGGAUGCAUUUUAACUUAACCUUUCACUAAAUAAGUACAGUUUUUCACCUCAAUAUACUUAAGUUGUUAGCUUUAGUUCUGCAAAUUGUCAUGAUGGACGCAGAUUGUUACCUAGCUGUCGGUUACACAGGUAGAUGGUGUGGUUGGCUUAUUUUGGAUAAGCUGUUUAGGGCUAUAAAUUGUAUAUUGGUGUUGGCGCAGGGCUGGUUUCAGCUCACUUUAAACAUCCUCAUUGCUAUUUCACUUGGAUGGGAUUUAAGGUCUAAAAUAUUUAUCAAGAACACAACUGUCGAAGAGUUAGAGCUGUGAAACGGUCCAACGACACAAUUCAAUGCAGCAUAGUUGUCAGUUGUGAGCAUGUUUUAAGACGUUCUUGUUUUUACACAAAGAAUACGUUUCCAAGCAAAUCUCUGAAUCUGCUUUACUCAGAUUUUAAUGGAAAUCAUCGCAUGUGUCUUGAAGCCCAUGAAAACACAUGCAGGCAUUUUUGUAAAUAUCACUAUAUUUACAUGUUCACGUGUGCACUUGGUUCAAAAAAAUAGAUAUUCAGCCACUAUUUAAUAGGAGGAAAUGAGGAAACGAGGAAACGGCACUAAAAAGGGAGAUAUUUCUCAACAAUAGGCCAUCAACUGCAGCUUAACUCUGUGGUCCAGCCGCCGCAGCGAUGCCAUUCCCCUUUUUGCGUGGAUGUGUUCGUACAAUUUCUUUAAAAGACUUCAAAAAGUUACUUUGUUAACACUCCUUCAUCCUGCGGCCCGAGCAGAGCCCGGGGACCACACACAGUUACCGUCACGGAGCCGAGCGGGCCACUGAGGUUGGCUUCUCCAGUAUAAGCGACGGUCGGCUUGGCUUUCUGUUCAGGGUCUGGCCGGGGCAAUCUUUCAAAAAACAGGGUGCAACUUUAACAGUUUCUUUAUUUUUUUUCUUUUUCUUUUUAAAAUGUUUUGAAAAUGUUCAGAUGAAUUUCUUCACAAAGGGGUCCAGAGCUCGAGUCACAAACACACACUCAGUUUUUUCUACAGGGCAUUUUGAACCAUGUAACCACACUCUUUCCAAAUCUGAAACGUGUUUCCGGUCACUGAGUAGAAACAUUGAAAUGUAUUUCUUUUUCUUUUUAGAAAAAAAUAUUUAUGAAUGUGAUCUUUUUAUAAGACAUCCCUCCAGACUAUUCUGUUGUGAUAAAAGGUGCUUCUGGUCCUGGUUAAUGCGCCUGAAGUAGAAGAUUCAAACACACAAACAGCUGGGUUGCACAAAAACGCAUGUCACUGCAGCUCUGUGUGUGUGUGUGUGUGUGUGUGUGUGUGUGUGUGUGUGUGUGUGUGUGUGUGUGUGUGUGUGUGUGUGUGUGUGUGUGUGUGUGUGUGCGUGCGUGCGUGCGUGCGUGCGUGCGUGCGUGCGUGCGUGCGUGCGUGUGUGUGUGUGUGUGUGUGUGCGAUUUGUGCAAACCGUUCAUCCUAAAAUGCAUUGCUUGCAUCUGCAUGCAUCUGAACAAACUACUUUACAGCUUAUGUAUUUUUUUUAAAAGUUACAUUCAAGAGCAUUACGACGGAGUAUUAGGGCCAAACAAAAAAACAAAAAAAGGAAAUUACGAGAAUAAAGUCAUAAUGUAA